AUGCCGGCACACGCCAACCACCAGCCGCUCUUUGACGCAGUUGCUGCCGACGCCGUUGACACUGUUACGCGUCUGCUUGCUGACGGCGACGGGAAUGUCAACAGCACGAUGCGAAUAAACAAGGUCUUGUACACGCCACUGAUGCUAGCCGCGGAGCUCGGGUACGUCCAAGUUGUUCGAGCGCUGUUGGGCCGACCGGACGUUCAAGUGAAUCGACCAACUCACGCCGCCAACGCCAAGUCCCCGACGCCGCUCAUUCUGGCGUCGAUGAAAGGUCACGUUGCCGUCGUCCACGAGCUGCUUGCACACCCCGAUGUGGACGUGAACGCCACGAUGGAGAAACAUGCAACGGCAGUUCAACUUGCCGCCGCGAAUGGGUUUGCCGACGUUGUCGAUGCGCUGUGGCCGACCGCCAAUGUUUUCAGCCAGCGCCGAAGCCUCGACGCCGCGCUGGCCGGCCACAAGUUCGAAGUCGUCGCCCACAUGGUGGAAAACGGCGUCGCAUACGAGCCAUCGUUUCAAGGUCAUCUGCUCCUUGAGUUUGUCGCGCCGUUCUUGACGUUCCAAGGCUUGCUCUUGAUGCUAUCCAAGGACUUACCCGUCAAGGUCGCCGACAGCGGCAUAUUUGGGCACCACCUCGUCCCAAAUCCCGACUAUGCUUUCUCGUGGGCAGCGUUCCUCGAUCCGUCCCUCGUCCGAGUGAGCGACGAGAUCGCCAAAGAAGCCGUGGCAAGCGCGAUCUUCGACGCGUUGUGUCCACCACUUUGCAACAACCAUGGCGGCACGACGAAGCCAUCGAUAUCGCGGGAGCAAGUCGUGCGAGCACUCCUGUCGUCCCACGACCAGCACCACCGCCCCGUGCUGGCGGUGGCAGAUCCAUCGCUCGUCGCAUCGUUGAUGGGCCAGUUGUACUUUGCCAAGCGGUACGAGAUCAUCGAGGCGCCGCCCGUCCACGUAAGCGCGACGUCGGUGGUCGUGGUUGCGAUCGACCAUGGCUUGGUCUCGCAAGUCUUUAACGAAUAUGCGUGCACCGACGACGGGCUGCUCAACGUGGACGGUUUUGUCGCGUGUAACUCGAUUCUGGGCCAACUGGCGCCGCCACUUGGACACGCCACAUCGUCGGGCGUUCAUCAGUCGGACAUCCUGGACUGGACCAAAGCAUUUGAUGUGUGGGACUCGGACGGCAUCGGCGGGCUGUCGAGCCAUGUCUUUCGCCAGUACUGCGACCAGACGUACGGCGCCCACCUCCGUGUCGCUCUCAAGCUGAUGAAGCAGGCGGAUGCGCUUCAAAGGGAGCUUGGAUGCCGCCGGCAUUUGGACAGCCAAUUCGUCCUGCCCCUCCUGCCGUCCGUCGCGUUGGAGCAACACGAGCCCAGUCCCGACCACGGCGCCGCCGCCGACCCCACCCACAUGUCGUUUCCACAGUCCUUGGCGGAAUACCCAUACGUCGUCGCCAUGCCGGCCGGCGAUCGGACCUUACUUGACAUACUGGUCAACGAGCGUCCGAGUCGCAACACUAUCCGAGGGAUGCUCGAGGCGGUGGCGAAAAGCGUCGCGCACUUGCACGAGCACGGCAUGGUCCAUGGCGACCUCAAGCCGCGCAAUGUCCUUCGUGUGCGCGACGAGCUCAAGCUGAUUGACUUCAAUGCCGCGACGUGGAAUGGCGAGUUGUUUUCCGGGACCACGUUCAGCUCCGGGACACUCGCACCAGAAAUGCUGGUCAAGCUGAACACGAUCGAGUUGAUGCGUCGCCAUGAAGCGUAUUGCUGCCAUGGCAAGUCCCGCGCGAGCGACGAUUCGUAUCGAGAUGUGGACGCGGCAUGGCAUAAACUCAAGCCUCGACGAGGGUACGUUGUGCGCACCGCCCUCGCCGGCGAAGACGUUGUUGGCGAGACCAGUCCCGUUGCGGCGCCGUACUCGUUGCGCGCCGUGGCUCCCGCCAUGGACGUAUGGGCAUUUGGGUGCAUGAUGUACCAAGUCGUCACCGGUGCCGAGUUGGUUCCUACUGACUUGCACGACGACGUCAUCGACGACUACAUUCAUAUCGCCGCGACAUGGACGGACGUGUCGCUGCGGGCCAAGCUCAGCGCGGCGCUUGGGCCCAACGACGCAUUGGCCAUGGACUUGCUCACGCAACUCUUGCGGGUCGACCCCGCUCACCGAGUGACGAUGGAAGCGGCGCUCCAGCACCCGUAUUUCACAGGCAAGGGCGACACGUUUGCCGGCCGACUCGACGAAGCCGUGGAUGCGGCUGCCGCACGGCACGCUCCAAGCUUCGACCCGCGCUUGUCGCCAGCGCCGGUCACCCCGAACACGACGUGUUACGCGUCCACUCAAGCCCUCGGCAACCGCCUCAACAUUCUGUCGCCAUCCACCAGUGUCUCGAUCUGCGGUGAAGUGCACACCAUGUCGGUUCCACCGACGACGGUGCAUGCCGUUGCCGCCUCCAACGAGUCUUGUGCGCAUGAGCUGCCUUCUUCCAUGGGGACGGGAUGCGUCGGUCUACCGACCUUUGUGUUGCUGCCCGACAGCCACUGGGACACACCACUUGACGACGUCGUCCUGGCGAGAUUGGCAUCGUUCGUCGUGAGCUUUCGAUCAACUUGUCGUGCGGUUCGACUCGCUUUGGACCAAAGCGACUCGAUCCAAGCCCACCUUGCUGCAUUAACCCGCAACGACCCGUUGUAUUUGUACCUGAUGGACGGCGUGACAGGUCAAGUCGUUCCUGGCCACACAUUGACGACAGUGGUCGGCUGUGCACCAAGCCAACUCCACCCGAUGCACGGCACCACCGCGAAUGGAGGGUAUCCCCUUCCAGUCGUCCCGACAGACGUGGAGUUUUUGGCGCUGAGCUUGCCAUUUGCCGAACAAGGACUGGCCUGCUUUGUGCGCCACUACUUGCCCGACGUCGCCACACUGCCACCCACGACAACCUCCCUCUCCCACGAGCCGUUCCUUCAUGCUCUGAGUUGCAAGAGAGGCACUGCCAAGUCCGUCACGUUCGGCGCGAUCCAUCGAGCGCUGCGACUGAAGGGGUCGCACAUAACGCCGUGGCACGUCCGCCAAGCCAUGGCCAAGCAAGUCGAGCGCUGGAUAAAUCGACGACUCCCCGACCUCUCGAUGGCCGGCUUGUCACGAACCGCGACAGAGGACGGCGACGUGGUGUGGACGAUUCCUGCCCAUGACCAAGACGAGACAGCGGACAGCACCGACGCGUGCUCGUUGUAUGGCGUGCUGCUUCAAAACCUCCUCCGUCCGCGCUCGGAAGACUGGUCGGACGUCGACAGCUGCCAAAGCAACCGAGCUACAAGCGUGUCGCGGGCUCCACAAGUCCCAGCUGCCGCUGGCAGUGGCUGCAGUCCCGACCAGUGCGUGGUCAUGUAGAAACGCAAGUGUUUUUCCUCGUACCAGUGCGACUUGCAACGUGAAGGAAUAACGAAUGUACAACGAUGGACGGAGGUCCAGGACGCUCGGGACAUCCCUCGAGGUAUUCGUCGCCCAUUUCGAGUGGUC